AUGAAGCUCACCGCGGAGCUGCUCAAGCAGAGCGACUCGGCGCUGAACCCGCUCAAAGAGCGCGAGCUGGACUUGCGUGGACUAAAGAUUGUCGUGCUUGAAAACCUCGGUGUGACGCGCGACCAAAACGACGCGCUCGAUUUUACCGAUAAUGAAAUCAAGUACGUGGGGAACCUCCCGCGCCUGGUGCGCCUCAAGCACCUGAUCCUCUCGAAUAACCUCGUGUCGCGCAUCGACGAGAAUGUCGCGCGGUCUCUGCCGUUUCUGCAUACACUUGUGCUGACGAACAACGCGCUCCAGGACCUCCGCCAGGUCGUGCCGCUGCGCAAGCUCCGGCACCUCGAGUACCUCUCGCUCAUGGGGAACCCUAUCACGCGCGAGAAGCACUACCGCGAGUUUGUGAUCUGGCGCGUGCCGAGCGUGCGCGUGCUCGACUACAAACGUGUUACGGACAAGGUGCGUUUUUUCUUUUUUUUAUUGACCCAGGAACGCGACCAUGCCCGCCGGCUUAUGGAGACGCCCGAGGGACGCCCGUCGGAGCUUGCCGUGCGCCUCUCGGGCUCCGAUGCACCGGCCGCACCAAGCACCAAGUCGCACUCAUUCGAGCCGGGCGCGCCAGUCGCCGGCGCCGCCGGCCGCCUUCUCUCGGCCAAGGAGCGCCAGGCGAUCCACGAUGCGAUUGAAAAGAGCGAGUCGCUCGAUGAGAUUCGCAAGCUCGAAGAGCGCCUAAAGCUUGGCUACGUCCCCGACGCCGACGCGUAG